UUAUAUUUGCUCAACUGUUUGCAUUUGCUGCUUAUAUAUAUUGAUUUCCUCGCUUUAAAUAAGUUUGCUAAGUAUGUGUUACGGUCUCUGAAUGUCUUAGUUUUCCAUAUUUUUGAAACUGUUAGUGCGCAGACAGCCUAUUUGGCCAGCGGACUCCAUUACUAUAUGUGGUAAUAAGUAGUAAAAAUCAGUUAUACAGGGAAUAAAUGAGGUUUCUAAAUUCAAUAGAGGCGUACUACCAUUCUGCCGAAGCUAUAGCGGAAAGUUAAUCGAUUCAGACUUUUGUUAUUUUCUUACAAUACUCACCUAAUCUUUCAUUACCACGUAUGCACGUACUAAAUGUAUGCCUCUGUUCAGUUGAAAAUCCCAAUUCACAAGGAUUCAACCCAUUCGUCUUCAGUGAGUACGUCUUAUUCAGGAGUAAGUAUCUAAAGCAUCAUCACAUUAUGUGGGAUACCAACCUCAGAAUUGUAUCAAUGUCUUCAUACUUGUUUGGGUGUGGCAAAAGUGCCUCACAUUAUUGAACUUGUUUUGAUAUAAAUAUUACUUGAGCACUCUGAAAUACAACUAGGCGGAAUAUUAAACAAAAGAAGCAAAGGUGCCGACAUGUUAUUUUUAAACUACCUCAGCACUAUGCAUGUAUGAUGAACUGACCAUUCUUGUGGUUUACGCACGUGUGUCUGAUAUACUGUGCAUUUUUCUAAAUAAUUUAAAAGCAGCACCAUCACUGACAGACUUAUCAAUGUAGAGCUUUGCACAAAUAUUGCAUCACUUUAAGUUGCUAUUCUAAAAGCACACAAAAGGAGAAUGUGAUAAAGCUAUGUAGAACCAAUAUAUACGGAGACUGACUAAUAAGGAGUCUCAGUGCCUGAAUUGCAGCUUAUUUCAUUGAGGCUGCUGUAUGAAAAGGUGUGGUUUUCGUUUCUGCUGUAAUUCAAAGUAUAUUUCUGUAUACAUGACUUAACCUUAUUCUUUUCUGUUUCAGUUUUACCUGUUGAAUAAGCAAAUUGUGAACGCAGCUCUUCCGUUUGCUUUAGAGUUCUGUUUAUGAACACUGUGUUUCAAUGGCUCUUAGUCGAUUCCACUUUGUAUUGUUUUUAUGCACUUUAAGUGCAUUUACUUGUGGUCUAACUUUUGGAUUUUCGUCUGCAACAACUCUUCAGAUUUAUUUUAGUACAAUUUGGUCGGCAAUUUUUGGCAGUUGUUUAAACAUUGGUGGGGUGAUUGGUUGUAUUUGCUCUUUGCAGCUAAUUCCUCGCUACGGACAUCGUCGGACACUGAUUUGGUCUCAUAUGCUAUCAUUUAUAGGAUGGAUUCUGUUGUUUUUUUCGUCAUCAGCUGUCUAUGAACGAUAUGCACCAACUGUCCCCUUCUUUUUAGGACGUUUUUUAACAGGUUUGGGAUGCGGAUUAACCUCAGCAACUAAUUUGAUCUAUAUUUACGAAAUAGCUCCAACUUCAUUGAAAGCUUUAGUUGGAUCAUUAUUUCAGAUUGGUAUAACAUGCGGAGUUGUUGUUGUAUACGCACUUGCAAUUUAUCUUAAUUGGGAUAUUAUUUCUUUGAUUUGUGGCUUACUUGUGUUGUGUACUUCCAUUUUAACGUGCAUGCUUCCAGAAUCUCCUAAAUGGUGUAUUAAAACGGGUAACCUAGAAUCAGCUGAAGCAUCUCAUUCUUGGUUGUACGGAAAUGAAUUACCUUUCAAGCAAGAAGAAAGUGAUCAAUUAAGUAAUGGCAAUGAUUCUCAGAGUUUGUUGGAUGGCUCUACAAAAUCAUGGCUUUCUCCAACCUCGUAUGUCUUAAGUAAUCAAAAAUCAAGAUUAUAUAUGGGUUUUCUACUAAUGACAUUUCAACAGUUAACAGGAAUGAGUGCUAUCAUUUAUUUUGCAGAAUCUGUUUGCCUAUUGGGUGGAUCAGUCUCUUAUCGAUGUGCAUUUUCUACUGGUUUAUAUUUAUUGUUCUCAAGUAUUGUAUCAGCAUUCCUGAUCAGAAUAAUCUCGUGGAAAAAAGCAUUACAAAUAGGUGCUGUAGUAAUGGCUAUUCUACACUUACUGUAUUCUUUGACAUUGCUGCAACCUGACAUGCCUACAUCUAUGCUGAAUGAAGCCUACUUAGCCAUUUGUUCAGUCACCUUUUCUUUAAGUUGGGGUCCAUUACCAUUUUUAUUCAUCAUAGAACUAUUUCCAAGUGUCAAUAGAAAUUAUGCUAUUGUCUCAUCUUUAGCUGUUAGUUGGAUAGUUGGCUUUUUCGUGAUAUUUUUAUUUGAACCAUUUGUUUCAUGGAUAAAUGUAUCAUCACUUUUCUGUAUAUUUUCAUCAUUCUGUCUAUUAGCAUGUUUCUAUGUUUAUCGUUAUGUUCCAGAAAUAAAAUCGAUGAAUCUUAUUUAAUCCAGAUCCAGUUAAUUUUAUUCAAUAAUAAAUGUUUUGAGUGUUUAAGGUCAACAAAUUCAUCUCUGAUUUCUUAUUGUUAUUAUGUAUCAUCCUUUUAUGGUUAUUUUCUCUGUAAGAAUGUUCAUCUAUUUUAUUAUUAUUAUUUUUAUUA